GCACAUGCGCCCUCUAGCGAGCGCCCCAUAAGGACGACCGUUGGUGAAGUUUCUGUGUGUGUGUGUAUGUAGUAGAAGUGUGUACGGUGUGGGCCAAACCGAAACUCAAACUUGUAACUACAGUUUUUCGUUUGGAUUUCGGCCAUCCGCCCUCCGAUUCAAGACAACAACGUGACAAACAGUGAUAUAUCUACUAGAAGAAAUAAAGAGACUACCUUGAUAUGGACAUGUAUUCCAACAGUGGACUCCCUAGCCUGACUUCAACAUCUUUUACCUACUCAGCCAUGCACGAUCCAUUGGCUCUGCCAGACUUCUGUGAUUUUGAUGGCAAAAAUGACUUGAUGGACUGCAGUUUGGGAUUUAGUUUCCCAGAGCUCAACUCCUUUGGUGGUUUAGAUCUGGACAAGCUUGACCAACUUGUGAGGAUGGAAGCUGAUCUUGAAAGGAUUGAACGGCUGGAAAGGCUAGAAGUGGAAGUGGGUUCUCUUGAUUCAGAUGGAGAGUCAGCAAUUUCUUUCCCGCCAACACUCAUUGGACCUUCCUUGGGCCUCAGUGGUUGGGCACCAUCAGAUAUGAGCAUUGACUCAAGUCUCAAUCAUGGGUGCAGUGUGACAGCAGCCAUGGACUCUGAUUCAACAGAUGUGGUAGUCAACCCCUUAUCAGUCUUGCCUGUCAGUAGUUCUGCAAGCAGUCUUAGCAGUGGCUGGUCAUCCUUGCUCCAUAGGCCGAUUGUAUCCACGGCACCUUCGACUGUCAAUGUUCCUUCUCCGAUGCCGGCUAGUCCGGCUCCACAGGGUUCACCUAUCAGCUUGCCGACUAGAAUCGCCAAGUCCAUAGCGAACAACCAUGGCUCAUCUGUGAUGAACGAUUCCGGAAGUAUUGGCGCAAACAACGGCGGCGGAUUCCCUAAGCCUGCCUAUUCGUAUUCUUGUCUUAUCGCUCUUGCGCUCAAAAAUAGCCGGACUGGCUGCUUACCUGUAUCUGAAAUUUAUCGUUUUAUGUGUGAGCACUUCCCAUAUUUUCGGACAGCUCCAGCUGGCUGGAAAAAUUCUGUCCGCCACAAUUUAAGCUUGAACAAGUGCUUUGAAAAGGUGGAAAAGAUUGGCGCUACUAAUCCUAAUGGCACUGUGGGAUCAACCACGACCAACAGUUCUUCCACCCGCAAGGGAUGUUUGUGGACAUUGAGUCCUGCUAAGGCUACCAAAAUGGACGAAGAAGUGCUCAAGUGGUCACGUAAAGACCCAUCUGCCAUUAAACGUGCCAUGGCCUAUCCAGAUGCCCUCGAAAUGUUGGAACGUGGUGAGAUGAAGAUGGAAUCAGCUGGUGGGGCCAGCACAGAAUCUGAAGACGAAGGUGAGGGUCCCGAGGAAGAAGUCGAAUGCCCGUCUCCGCUUGCUCGAGUCACACCGCCCGAGCCCAGUCCGCCUUUGGAUGACAACAAGUCCAAUGGCAACAAUAAGGAGCAGCUCAAUAUUGGUGUCAGCAUUGUGUCUCGAUUGGCCCCACCUAUUACGGGCCGAAGGCCGUCCGUCCCACAGUCUGGUGCUGCCAAAUCCCAGCCACAGAAAGUGUAUUACAGCUUGCCCAAGUUUCAGACGUCGGGCAAUGAGCUCAUCAUCAUUGGCGAUCCACGAAUGGAUACUAUGUGAAACUUGUUUCGUAUUUAGUUUUCUUCCGUGUUCCAUCACGUCCCGUCUUUACUUCUUCAUCCUCAUCUUAUCUCAAUCCGCCGGGAUUAUCCGAAACAAACAAACAAAAAAAUCAAUUAUGCCUACCUCUUCAAAUUUCUUCUUCUCCUUUUUUUUUUGUACGAGAACCUCACUGAUUUUGCAGCUAUUUCUGUUUAGGUGUUUCAAGAUUGUUUGCUCCGUUCUCUUCCAAUCACAUUUGUUUAUCUUUUCUGUGUUGAGGUGAGGAAGGAAAAGUUUUUUGGUGUUCUGCACGUACCUGACAAACGGCGGAUUCAAACCAACCAGGGACCAGAGUCGAUGAUGAUGUGUGCAUGUGCUGUGUUUAAACGCUCCCAUUUAGAUAUUUCUUGCUGUACUUGACGAGUUAAUAUCUCGCGCCCCCACCACAUUAUUGGCCAAUAUGAAGAUAAGUUUUUCUUUUUA